AGAGAUUUUUAAGGGAAACAUUCCUGAGGAGAGAAUUUUGAAAUAUUUAUAGCAUCCCUUGUGCAAGAAUGGUGGUUGUGACAAGGAACCUAUUGAUGACCCAGUCAGUGAGAGAGCUGGUGCCAAGACAAUUUACCUCUCCACCAGCUACGCUCUCCGUCUGAGAGUCGUCCUUGGAGGAACACAGCUGCUGCACAGCUGGGGAUGUGAUGGGGUGACUGCUGACAUCCCCCUCACCCAUCCCCUCUCUCUUUAUUAAAACUGUAACAUAAACAAUGGAUCAGAAUUUCUCAACGGUUCGAGAUGGAAAGCAGCUUACGCCAGAGAGAGACUCCUCGAAACGUGUUCUGACAGGAUGCUUUCUCUCCCUGCUCAUCUUCACCACGCUGCUAGGCAACACCCUGGUGUGCGCUGCCGUCACCAAGUUCCGACACCUGAGGUCGAAGGUCACCAAUUUCUUUGUCAUCUCGCUGGCCAUCUCUGACCUCCUGGUAGCUAUUUUGGUAAUGCCAUGGAAGGCAGCGACAGAGAUUGUGGGGUUUUGGCCGUUUGGUGCAUUCUGCAACGUGUGGGUGGCAUUUGACAUAAUGUGCUCCACUGCCUCCAUCUUGAACUUGUGUGUGAUUAGUGUCGAUCGUUACUGGGCCAUUUCAAGCCCAUUCCGCUAUGAACGCAAGAUGACCCCUAAAGUAGCGUGUCUGAUGAUCAGUGUGGCAUGGACCUUGUCUGUCCUCAUCUCCUUCAUUCCUGUUCAGCUUAACUGGCACAAAGCUCAGACCACCAGCUAUGUCGAGCUAAAUGGAACCUACCCUGAUGAUUUGCCCCCUGACAACUGUGACUUCAGUCUUAACAGGACCUAUGCCAUCUCCUCCUCCCUUAUCAGCUUCUACAUCCCCGUGGCAAUUAUGAUCGUCACCUACACCCGGAUCUACCGCAUCGCCCAGACACAGAUAAGGAGAAUAUCUGCUUUGGAGCGAGCAGCAGAGAGUGCCAAAAACCGACACAGCAGCAUGGGAAACAGUUCAAACAUGGACAGUGAGAGCUCAUUUAAAAUGUCAUUCAAAAGAGAAACCAAAGUCUUAAAGACGCUCUCUGUCAUUAUGGGUGUGUUUGUGUGCUGCUGGUUGCCCUUCUUCAUCCUAAACUGCAUGGUUCCAUUCUGUGAAACACACAUGCCAGAUGGAUCCACAGAAUUCCCCUGCAUCAGCUCCACCACCUUUGAUGUGUUUGUGUGGUUUGGCUGGGCAAACUCUUCGCUCAAUCCAAUCAUCUAUGCCUUCAAUGCCGACUUCCGCAAGGCCUUCUCCAUCCUCCUGGGUUGCCAUCGGCUGUGCCCGGGGAGCAACGCCAUUGAGAUCGUCAGUAUUAACAACAAUAUGGGUGCUCCUACCUCGAACCCCAACUGUCAGUAUGAGCCCAAGAGCCACAUCCCAAAGGAGGGCAACAGCUCAGCAAACUAUGUGAUUCCUCACAGCAUCCUGUGUCAGGAGGAGGAAUUACAGAAGAAAGACGGAAGUGGAGGGGAGGUCGAGGUGGGCGUGGCAAACAACACCCUUGAGAAACACUCACCGGCCAUCUCUGGGAAUUUAGACAGCGAUGCUGAAGUCACCCUGGAAAAGAUCAACCCCAUAACACAGAACGGACAGCACAAAGCCGUGACAUGUUGAGAAAAGGCAAAGGUGCAUUGAAAUUCAGUGAGGCAUGCAUGUAUGCACAAAGGCAAGAAACGAUUACACAGGAGGACAGCAAAAACAAACGGCAGAGACACAUGUCUAUAGGAACAAGAAACCAGUGAGUGUGUUAUACAAGUCCUUAAGACUGUCAAAAAAACCUACAUGAAAAACCUACAGAAUGUUUUAAAGUACAGG